AUGACAUUCAGAGAGCGCCUAAAUGCUAUCAUCAGGCCAAUUCAGAUGAUCUGGUUAUCCAUCCAGUUACACUACAAUGCUUUCAAAGAAGCCUUUCGCAAAGACGGCCUCUCCUCGCUUACGAAUCUGCAACGGAUCCGAGAUGAUGCUACGUCAAAGCUCUUUAUCACACAUUCGCAUGGUUUUAUCACAUAUGAAAACACGACUGUUGUCCCCUCCCUUGUUCACUCCGCUCGUGGUAAAAUUCUCGAGCUCGGCCCCGGGCCAGGAAACCAAAUUCACCGCUUCGAUCCAUCUCAGGUAGAUUUCAUAUAUGCCAUUGACCCUAAUACAUGCUACAAGGAGGAAAUCGCUGCAAGGGUUAAAAGGCUUGAGCUCCAGGAUAAAUACAAGCUCCUAGCUUGUGGUGUCGAAGAUAGUGAUAUCCUCAUAAAAGAGGGCAUCACUGAAGGAAGUAUGGAUACCGUUCUCAGCAUUCAAGUAUUGUGUGCGGUCGGAGAUGUGAAGAGUGUAACGAGGGCGGUGUGGAAACUGUUGAAACCCGGAGGCUGCUUUGUCUUUUGGGAGCAUGAGAGGAAUAAGGAUGCUGGAACGGCAAUAGCGCAGGCUUGCUUGAAUCCCGCUUGGAGCACUUUUCUUGGGUGUUCUUUGAAUCGGGAUAUCAAGGCGGAAAUUCUUGGUGCGGGGGAGUGGGAGAACCCGGGUGAUAUUGAGAUGGUUGAGGAGCCGUAUAGUUGCUUGCCUAGAAUCUGGGGGGUACUCAAGAAGAAAGCAUGA